UAAAAACAGUCACCAACCAUCAAACAAACCAAACCUUGAUUUCAUCGAAACCAUUACAGUUUUACACCCACAUUACAUUACGUUCAGUACUACAUUGCAUAAAUAAAAACCCCUUUUUUUUUUCUCUCUCUUCCUGCAUAUCAAGCUUCCAUUUUUCUCUCUCUAACUCGGCUUAUUCCAGACAGAGAUGAGCUCAACCGCAACUCAUGUCAUGCAUACCGCAAUGGUCAAGCCCCAGAUAAAUUGUUCACGGAGAACUUUUAUGCAGAGCACAGUGAAUUUCAGCACCAAGUGUAAAGCAACAGCGUGGAAGAGGCUGGCAAGCUCUUCUCACAUCUCAGCAAGGCCGUCAUUCUUCCAGAGCUUAACAACUAGUAAUGCUAAAAGUUCGGAAAAGGUUGUCUCUAGAGCAAUGUCUGUAGCAGUUGAGAGCAAUACCUUGCCAGGAUUGCCUAUUGAUUUGAGAGGUAAGAGAGCAUUUAUUGCUGGUGUGGCUGAUGACAACGGGUAUGGUUGGGCAAUAGCGAAAUCUCUUGCUGCUGCCGGUGCGGAAAUUCUUGUUGGUACAUGGGUGCCGGCACUAAACAUUUUUGAAUCCAGCUUACGGCGAGGAAAAUUUUACGAAUCAUGUGUAUUACCAGAUGGUUCAUUGAUGGAGAUUACCAAAGUAUAUCCACUAGAUGCAGUUUUUGACAAUCCCGAGGAUGUUCCUGAAGAUAUAAAAAUAAACAAACGCUAUGCAGGAUCCUCAAAUUGGACAGUUCGGGAAGUUGCUGAAUCUGUGAAAAAGGAUUUCGGCAGUAUUGACAUCCUUGUCCAUUCACUUGCCAAUGGACCGGAGGUUAGCAAACCUCUUCUAGAGACAUCGAGGAACGGAUAUCUUGCCGCCCUCUCAGCAUCAAGUUACUCAUUUAUUUCUUUGCUCAAGCAUUUUGCUCCAAUAAUGAAUCCAGGUGGUGCUUCAAUUUCACUCACAUACAUUGCUUCCGAAAAGAUCAUUCCAGGUUAUGGUGGAGGAAUGAGUUCAGCCAAAUCGGCUCUGGAGAGUGACACACGCGUUCUGGCUUUUGAAGCUGGAAGAAAACACAAAAUCAGAGUCAACACAAUAUCUGCAGGCCCGUUAAGAAGUCGUGCUGCAAAAGCAAUUGGUUUUAUCGAUAUGAUGAUCGAUUAUUCGUCAGCCAAUGCACCUUUACAAAAGGAAUUAUCUGCAGAGGAGGUCGGAAAUGCUGCUGCCUUCCUUGCAUCGCCGCUAGCAUCAGCAAUUACCGGAGCAGUUGUGUACGUCGACAAUGGUCUGAAUGCAAUGGGAGUGGGAGUUGACAGCCCAAUAUUCGAGAACCUCGACAUUCCAAAAGACAACUAGAGCGACAGACCUUGACUUCAAUGGCUGAUGAGGGAUUUCACUAGAAAACUACUAAGCCAAAAAAAAAAAUUUUCGUACCGUUUUUGUUUGGAAGUUAACUCAUUCCUAGUUGAUGAAAGGAAACUUAUUCUCUUUCUGAUUGGAAUUUACAUUUUGUGAAAUCCUGUGCGUAAAAGACAUCA